GAGGAGGACCGCCGCGGAGUCUCAGACGGUAACGGGCCUCGUCCCCUCUGUGUAACCCCGUAGCUGCCGUGCACAGCUGAGCUGUGGGAGCGCGGGUCUGCCUGCCUCUGGUUCACUCACCUGUGACUGAGUCAGAGGAACAGUGACACCCCAUCAGACACAAUGGUGAAGAUUGGAAUCAAUGGAUUUGGCCGUAUCGGUCGUCUGGUGACCCGUGCCGCUGUCACAGGUGGUAAAGUUGAGGUUGUGGCCAUCAAUGAUCCCUUCAUUGACCUGGAGUACAUGGCCUACAUGUUCAAGUACGACUCCACUCAUGGUACUUGGAAGCACGGAGAGGUGAAAACUGAGGAUGGCAGGCUGGUCAUUGGUAACAUGCACAUCAUGGUCUUCCAUGAGAGGGACCCUGCCAGCAUCAAGUGGUGUGAUGCUGGUGUUGACUAUGUCGUGGAGUCCACUGGUGUCUUCACCACCAUUGAGAAGGCUUCUGCUCAUCUGAAGGGUGGAGCUAAGAGGGUGGUGAUCUCAGCUCCCAGUGCUGAUGCUCCCAUGUUCGUCAUGGGCGUCAACCAUGAAAAGUACAACAAUUCCUUGAAAGUUGUCAGCAAUGCUUCCUGCACCACCAACUGCCUGGCUCCCCUCGCCAAGGUCAUAAACGACAACUUUGGCAUCGUGGAGGGUCUCAUGAGCACAGUCCAUGCUGUCACUGCCACACAGAAGACUGUUGAUGGUCCCUCUGGUAAGAUGUGGAGAGAUGGCCGUGGUGCCUCCCAGAACAUCAUCCCCGCCUCCACUGGGGCUGCAAAGGCUGUUGGCAAGGUCAUCCCCGAGCUGAAUGGUAAACUGACAGGUAUGGCUUUCCGUGUUCCCACCCCCAAUGUGUCAGUUGUGGACCUCACUGUCCGACUGGAGAAGCCUGCUAAAUAUGAAGACAUUAAGAGAGUUGUCAAAGCUGCUGCUGAGGGACCCAUGAAGGGAAUUCUGGGAUAUACAGAAGACCAGGUUGUAUCCACAGACUUCAACAGUGACCCUCACUCCUCCAUUUUUGAUGCUGGAGCUGGCAUUGCACUCAACAACAACUUUGUCAAGCUGGUUUCAUGGUAUGAUAACGAGUUUGGCUACAGCAGCCGUGUGUGUGACCUGCUUGUGCACAUGUUCUCCAAGGAGUGAAGUCCUCAAACUCAUCUACCUGAUGCCUUUUUAUAGGCUUGUCACCUGUUGUGUCGGCAGUAAUGUUUGUACAGCUUCACUGCAGUAUUACUGAGCUUGUGGCUCCUUUGCACUUGGAAAUAAAGUUCUGAAGUCUGUCUUCCUAGA